CUCGUUCUGGUUUGUGUGUGCCAUCAUCUUUUAUUCGUUCGUUCUGCCAUACUUUCGUUCCAAGAUGCGCAAUAUCUCUGCCAUCUCAACCCUGGCCCUGCUGCUGGUUUCGGCAGUGGCUGGUAAUGUUUCGCCCGCUGGUACCAACGAAGUCGAGCGCGCUGUCGAGUGCAACCCGGAAUCUGGAUACUGCAAUGUUGAGCUUGUGGACAGAGCUGUCACCAGUACAAAGUCGUCUUCAAGCUCUACCCACAAGAUGACCUCGACCAAGAAGUCCUCUUCAACCAAGAAGUCUACCUCGACCAAGAAAUCAUCAUCUACCAAGAAGUCUUCAUCAUCGACCAAGAAAUCUACUGCCACAACGACCGCAAAGACAACUCUAAAGACUCAAAUCAAGGUCGUGUCAACUCUGAAGUCAACAGUCACAUCAUCAUCCAAGAAGCCUACUUCUAGUUCGACCACUGUCAAGACUACCGCCAAGACUACCAGCAAGCCAGUCUCCUCGAGUUCCAAGAAAUCAUCUUCCUCGUCUGUUCUCAAGCCAACCACUGUUGAAAAAGCUGUCUCCACUUCGAAGUCCUCAAGCGUGAGCAGCAAGGCUACCUCAUCAAGCUCAAGCUCGAAGAAGGUGUCAUCAACAAGCAGCACUAGCAGCAGCAAGAAGAUCACUACUUCAAGCUCAAGCUCGUCGCAGAAGCCUACUUCCACAUCGACUUCUUCCAAGGCGACUUCAUCGUCCGUGAAGCCAUCUUCCACUUCAUCAAAGGUGUCAUCAUCUUCUGUGAAGCCAUCCUCCACAUCCGUGAAGCCAUCUUCCACGACCUCGUUAGUAGUCAUUUCGUCUUCUAGCCCUUUUAGCACAUCCAUCACUCCUGCGGCAUCAACUUCUUCGCAGCUUGCACUUCCUCUGUCAAUCAAUCUCUCGUCGUCGAGCAUUUUGUCAAGCUCGACCUCAGACUCAUCCAGCUUUGCUGCGUCUUCUUCCCCGAGCAGCAUCUUGGCUUCUUCGACGGUAGUCAGCAGUUCAUCUUUAUCGAUGAGCAGCAGCAGCUCGUCUGUGGUUAUCAGCAGCAGCUUGCCGGCAUCGAGCAACAGUUCGGUAGCAGCUAGUAGCACUAUCUUGGGCGUCUCGUCUUCGAACACUUUGAGUGCUAGUUUGGCUGCUGCUGUUACGGCAUCACCCACGAACAGCUCUGCCUCGUCGUCGUUGAUGUCUUCUACCUUGUCUUCCUCCCUGCUGUCAGCAUCAUCCUCCUCAUCUUUCGUAUCCUCAUCUUCUGUUGCGCAGAGCUCUUCUGCGUCUGCGUCUGCGUCGUCUAUCACGUCUUCGAGUACCACAUCUUCUUCUUCCCUUUCCUCAACCACUUCCUCUGCUUCGUCAUCAUCGUCUUCCGCUGCCCCAUCAUCUUCAUCUUCUUCAGCUACCACCUCAUCUUCAUCCACCACAUCCUCAACCAGCACACUCACACCUUCCGACAGCAGCAAGCCAACUACAAGUUCCACCUCUACCUCCAUCAAACCCACCACAAGUUCUAUCUCCAGCUCUUCAUCCCUCAAGCCAACAAUUACCCCAAGCUCAACCUCUACCUCAACAACCCCCAAACCCACCACCAGCUCUACAUCGACAUCAAGCUCUUCCUCAGUAAAACCCACCACCACCUCGUUAUCUUCCUCAGCAGCCAUAACCAGCAAAACUUCCUCUUCUACCUCUUCUUCUUCCACUUCCUCUUCCGCAGCAUCAAGCUCCACAGCAAAUGCAUGCAGAAGACGCAGAAGAAAGGUUAGAAGAACCGCUGCUGCCAUGCCUGUCGAGACUCAAGCUAUCGUUAUGAAACUUGAGGAUCUACCUCGUGGUGCUGAUAUGGAUAUGUUGUUCUAGAACAGCAAAAAGGGGGGAAAAGGCAAGGGAUCCGUUGAUCGAGUCCUCAAUAUUUUGUUUCCCUGUUAGCUACUUUCUUUGUGUGUUUUGUCGUACUCGGAUCUCUGUAAUGUUUCGUAUUCGUUAAUCAUUAGAAAAAAAAUGAGUUCUUUUCCCCC